AGUUUUACAAACAUCAAAACAUUCAAAACUGGGUUCCCCUUCUUCCCACUGUCUUCCAAACUGUCUGAACUCUCCACCAACCACACCUGCAAUGGCAGAAACUGAAGGAGUUAGAACAAACUCAACCUUAAUUUGUGCACCCAUAAUGGCGGAUACGGUGGAUCAGAUGUUGGUUCACAUGAAUUCAGCAAAAUCUAGUGGUGCUGAUCUUGUUGAAAUCCGGUUUGAUAGCUUAAAAGGGUCUGGUACCCAUGAGGAUAUUAAAACUCUAAUCGAAUCUUGUCCUCUCCCCACACUUUUCACUUACAGACCAAAGUGGGAAGGUGGUCAGUAUGACGGAGAUGAACCGAGUCGAUUGGAGGCGAUUCGGGUUGCUAUGGAGUUUGGAGCUGAUCACAUUGAUGUUGAGCUUCAGGCUGUUGAUGAGUUCAAAAACUUAACCCGUGGAGAUAAGCCUACAAAGUGCAAACUCAUUGUUUCAUCUCACAAUUAUCAAAAUACUCCAUCGCUAGAAGACCUCGAGAGCCUCGUCGCCAGAAUACAGUCAACAGGAGCUGACAUUGUGAAGAUUGCGACAAUGGCUGUAGACAUAACUGAUGUAGCGCGAAUUUUUCAAGUAACCGCUCAGUGUCAGGUUCCAAUAAUAUCUAUGGCAAUGGGUGAGAGGGGUUUAAUAUCUCGAUUACUGAGCCCGAAAUUCGGUGGAUAUUUGACGUUUGCUACGAUUGGACGUGGAAAUGAGUCUGCACCCGGGCAGCCGACAAUCCAGGAUCUUUUGGAUGUGUUCAAUUUCAGGCAAAUAGCGGCUGACACGAAAGUAUUCGGUAUUAUCGGGAAGCCGGUUGGGCAUAGCAAAUCGCCUAUGUUAUACAAUAAAGCUUUUAGAUCAAUUGGCUUUAAUGCAGUUUUUGUACCUUUGUUGGUGGAUAACGUAAAGAGUUUUCUCGAGACUUACUCAUCCGGAGAUUAUGCUGGGUUCACUUGUACCAUUCCUCACAAAGAAGCUGUGGUUCAAUUCUGUGAUGAGGUUGAUCCGGUUGCAAAGUCGAUAGGAGCAGUCAAUUGCGUUAUUAGGAGACAAGAUGACGGGAAGCUAUACGGUUGUAAUACAGAUUAUGUAGGAGCUAUUACUGCUAUCGAGGAUGGUCUACGAGCUUCGGGCGUUCAAGACAGCUCAAAUGGGUCACCUUUGGCUGGUAAGCUAUUUGUGGUUAUUGGUGCGGGCGGUGCUGGAAAAGCAGUUGCUUAUGGAGCAAAAGCAAAGGGUGCAAGAAUUGUGAUAGCCAAUCGGACUUAUGAGCGUGCUAGAGAACUUGCUGAGAUAGUCGGCGGAAAGGCUCUGUCUCUUGCUGACUUAAACACUUACAACCCAGAAGACGGCAUGAUACUUGCAAACACUACUUCAAUUGGUAUGCAGCCAAACAUUGACGAAACUCCUGUUUCCAAGGAAGCUUUGAAGUCGUAUGCAUUGGUAUUUGAUGCUGUUUACACACCAAAAAUCACUAGAUUACUUCGGGAAGCAGGAGAAUGUGGAGCCUUAAUUGUUACUGGGUUGGAGAUGUUUAUAGGCCAGGCUUAUGGACAAUAUGAAAGAUAUACAGGAUUGCCUGCACCUAAGGAGUUAUUUAGGGAGAUUAUGGCAAAGUAUUGAUCGUCUCGGUUAUUCAUGAAACUGAAGGUUUCAAAGCAGCUGGGAAGCAAGGAGGUGGUAAUUCCAAUUCUUGUUUAUGCAUCAUUUGUAUAUUUUUCAGUUGUCUGAUGCUAAAUUUUGAUGCUAAAUUUGAUUGUUGUUGUUGUUGUUGUUGUUGUUGUUGUUGCUAAAUUUGAUUGUUGUUGUCGUUGUCGUUGUUGCCGUCGUCUAUAAGACUGCAACUUUGUAACACUCAUAAAUAUUUUAAAACUAAUGAGCCCCCAAGUAGUUAUAUAUUUUGGAUAAAGUGGA